ACAAAUCUGGCAACUAGGGUUUUUUUUUUCUCUAGGUUUUAACGGUUUGGUUUGGUGUCGAAUUUCUAAAAACCAAAUCAUAGAGAACCGCCAGAAAUCUCAUCAGAAACAUAUAAAUCAGCGGUGCAUGAUGUAACAUGUUUUCCGUGCUGGUCGCGUUAGUGGGUGUUGCCGUGUUUGACCCACUAUCAGCCUGCCACCACACAGAAUACCCAGCGAGCGGCGGGCAAUGUUGCCCCAUGUGCCAAAAAGGAACCGUGGUGGGCAGGGACUGCACGGCUGAGUCAGGAACACGCUGCGUCCCCUGUGCGACGGGAACCUACAUGAACCAAGAAAAUGGACUGAAGAGGUGUUUCUCCUGUUCCACCUGUGACCCAGUGCUUGGUCUCUUUGCGAAGCAGGACUGUAAAUCAACAUCAGAUGCGGUUUGCGAUGUUCUAAGUGGGUUUUUCUGCAAAAGCUUAACAGAUAGCACAGGAUGCAGCACAGCAGAGAAACAUUCAGUCUGUAAGCCUGGAGAGAGAAUAAAACAACCUGGAACCAGCAGACAUGAUGCAGUGUGUGAAGCUUGUCAGCAAGGAUCCUUUUCCACAGAUGGGGUGAACUGCACUCUGUGGACAAAAUGCUCUGAAAACCAAACCCCAGUCCAAGACGGAAGCUUCACGGCCAAUGUCGUCUGCAGCAGUGGAUCAUCAAGACACAGAUAUUUUCUGUCGCUGCCAUUUGUUUGCUUCUUAAUACCGUGCUUAGUGCUUUCCAGAGUGCUUUGUGGUGAUGUGAAUAAGUGUUUGCUUUAAGUUUGAUAACUUAAAGCUUUAACCAACUUUAAGUAUGGCUAAAGUUUAGCUUAGCUUUUUAACUUUUUACCAGCAGAUGGUGCAUUUUAGCAGGAUUUAACAUGAAAUGUUACAUUUAGCCACAGCUAACGUUUUUAAUAUCUAAAAAACUGCACUUUUUUCAGUAUUAUUGUUAUGUAGUAGAAGUUCGUUCACUCUUUGAAUUUGAAUAAAGACAAAAAUAACUUUAGUUGUUCAGUACUGUACAGCAAUUUUGCAUCCACUGCGGAUUCUCCACCAGAUGGCGCCUCGUGACUUUAUAUUUGUGAACGUCAACGAUGAAAUAUGUUU